CCACUCGAUCUGAUUCUCUUGCCGCACCUAUUGGCCACAACAUCCUCAGGGCACCUUUGCUUAUCACCGUCGCAGACGUGACCAAUAAGUAGGAGCGGAAAACAAAUAGAGAAAGCAAAAGGCGAGAGACGAACGCUGCAGCUCUCUCUCCCAUUUCAUUCUCUCUGUGAUUUUGCUCGGGAAAUUGGGAUUUGAGCUCUCCGUUGCUCUGGAAUCAAAUCCAGUCCGCUCAUCUCAGCCAUGAUUUCCACCGGCAAGAUCAAGUCCGUCGAUUUUUACAGGAAAAUACCUAGAGAUUUGACAGAAGCAUCAUUAUCCGGUGCAGGAUUAUCUAUAAUAGCAGCUCUUGCCAUGAUGUUUUUAUUUGGAAUGGAACUGAAUAAUUAUUUGACUGUCAGCACCUCUACAUCUGUUAUUGUUGACAAGAGUUCUGAUGGGGACUUCUUACGCAUUGAAUUUAAUGUCAGUUUUCCCGCACUCUCAUGUGAAUUUGCAUCCGUUGACGUGAGUGAUGUGUUGGGAACAAACAGAUUGAAUAUAACAAAAACAAUUCGCAAGUUCUCUAUAGGGACAGAUUUAAGACCAACUGGCUCCGAGUUCCGUUCCGGACCCGUUUUACAUAACAUUAAGCAUGGGGAUGGAGAUGAGUAUUCUGGUGAUGGCUCUAUUUUGCUAACUGCCCAGAAUUUUGAAAAGUUUACUCACCAGCACCCAAUUUUGAUUGUUAAUUUUUAUGCUCCUUGGUGCUACUGGAGCAAUCGCCUGAAACCUUCAUGGGAGAAGGCUGCCAAAAUAAUAAGAGAAAGGUAUGAUCCAGAAAUAGAUGGCCGUAUUCUUAUGGCGAAGGUGGAUUGUACUGAAGAAGUUGACUUGUGUAAGAGGAAUCACAUUCAAGGAUAUCCAUCAAUUCGUAUUUUUCGUAAAGGAAGUGAUGUGAGGGAUGAGAAUGGACACCAUGAGCAUGAAUCUUAUUAUGGAGAUCGAGAUACAGAUAGCCUGGUUAAGACAAUGGAAGCUUUGGUUGCACCUAUCCCUGUGGAGUCUGAAAAACUCUCUUUGGAGGACAAAUCUGACAACAGGGGUGAGAAUGCAAAAAGACCAGCACCAUUGACAGGAGGGUGUAGAAUUGAAGGAUAUGUGCGUGUAAAGAAGGUUCCAGGAAACCUUGUAAUUUCUGCACAUUCAGGAGCCCAUUCGUUCGAUGCUUCUCAAAUGAACAUGUCUCAUGUCAUAUCACAUUUUUCAUUCGGUAGGAUGAUUGCUCCUAAGGUGAUGAGUGAUGUCAAGCGGUUGGUACCUUAUCUUGGUGGAAGCCAUGAUAGGUUGAAUGGUCGGUCUUUCAUAAAUCACCAGGAGUUAGGUGCUAAUGUUACAAUAGAGCAUUACCUUCAAAUAGUAAAAUCGGAAGUUAUAACACGGAGAUCUCACAAAUUAAUUGAGGAAUACGAGUAUACGGCCCACAGCAGCUUGGUGCAAAGUCUCCAAGUACCAGUUGCGAAGUUCCAUUUCGAGCUCUCCCCCAUGCAGGUCUUAAUAACAGAAAACCAGAAAUCCUUUUCACAUUUUAUCACCAAUGUCUGCGCUAUUAUCGGAGGCGUUUUCACGGUAGCGGGGAUAAUGGAUUCAAUUCUGCACAACACAAUUAGAAUGAUGAGGAAGGUUGAACUAGGCAAAAACUUUUGAUAGAUAGGCGAAGCUUUCGUUAGUGUACAAGAAGAAUUCUUUUAGAAGAAAAAAGUGGAAUGAAGCAUCACAAGUGCCAAUUUUUCGGUUCGAGUUUUCAGUACAAGAAACGAUUUUAUGAACAUUAUAUAUGCCUGUAUGGUUCGUAACUCCUGUAACAUAUGUUUAGCUUCUAUUUUAUUUUUUUUCGAAAAUAAUUUGAUGAUGGGAGCAGAUUCGUGACA